AUGGAGAUCAUCAAGCCAAAAACAGAUGAAGAGAAACAAGCGGCCGCUAAGGCGGAAUAUGAAAAGCUACUUACGAUGCGAUCUGGCGGAACAUACAUCCCUCCGGCGCGACUACGAGCCCUUCAAUCCCAGAUUACGGACAAGUCAAGCAAAGAGUACCAGCGUAUGGCAUGGGAGGCCUUAAAAAAAUCAAUCAACGGGCUGAUUAACAAAGUCAACAUAUCGAAUAUUAAGCACAUUGUUCCCGAACUUUUUGGUGAAAAUUUGAUAAGAGGUCGAGGACUUUUUUGUCGAAGUAUUAUGAAGGCACAAGCGGCUAGUCUACCUUUUACGCCAAUAUACGCUACAAUGGCUGCAAUAGUUAAUACAAAACUACCAAACGUUGGAGAACUUCUGCUAAAGCGUCUAAUAACACAGUUUAAGAAAGGGUUCAAGAGAAAUGACAAAGCAGUCUGUUUAUCUGCUACUACUUUCAUCGCUCAUUUGUGUAAUCAUCAAGUCGCUAACGAAGUUGUCGCUGCUCAAAUCCUACUAUUACUCCUUCAUCGGCCGACUGAUGAUAGCGUUGAAAUUGCUGUGGGAUUAACAAGAGAGGUUGGGCAGCAUCUAGAAGAGAUGAACCAGGUCAUAGCUCUUGCAGUCUUCGAUCAAUUCCGGAAUAUUUUACACGAGGCAGAUAUAGAUAAACGGAUCCAAUAUAUGAUCGAGGUUCUUUUCCAGGUUAGAAAAGACAAGUAUAAAGAUAACCCUGCCAUCAAAGAGGAAUUAGAUCUUGUUGAAGAAGAGGAUCAAAUCACACAUGUUAUUUCAUUGGAUGAUGAAAUUGACGUGUCUGAAGGACUGAACGUGUUUAAAUAUGAUCCUGACUGGGAAGCAAACGAGGAUAAAUAUAAUCAAACUAAAGCCGAGAUAUUCGGAGAAGCCAAUGAUAGUGAGGAAGAUGAAGACUGUGAAGAUGGGGAUGAAAGUGAUGACGAGGACGGAGAACAGGAAGACAAGGCGAUUGAAAUCAAGGAUCGAAGCAAUGCAGACCUCGUCGCCCUCCGAAAAACUAUUUACCUAACAAUAAUGUCAAGUGUUGAUCCCGAAGAAUGCUGUCAUAAACUAAGGAAAGUGCAGCUUCCCGGUGGACUAGAGCAUGAGCUUCCUUCUAUGAUCAUUGAAUGUUGCUCCCAAGAGAAAACUUAUUCCAAAUUUUUUGGUCUGAUCGGUGAACAGUUGUCAAGGAUAAACCGACUCUGGACUCAACUUUUCGAAGAAUCAUUCAACAAAUACUACGAUACUAUUCAUCGGUAUGAAACUAACAGACUGCGCAAUAUCGCUCGUUUUUUUGGCCAUUUAUUGAGUUCAGAUGCUAUAGGGUGGCAUGUAUUUUCCAUCGUUCAUUUGAAUGAAGAAGAAACAACAGCUAGCAGUCGUAUCUUCAUCAAAAUUCUCUUCGAGGAUUUAGUUGAAGCCAUGGGCAUGAUAAAACUGCAAGCUCGCCUAAAAGAUGAUGGGCUCCGAACAUAUUUUGAGGGUCUCUUCCCCAAAGAUAAUCCUCGCAACACACGAUUUUCGAUUAAUUACUUCACAUCAAUAAAAAUGGGACCUCUGACAGAGGAACUGCGUGAAUAUUUGUCAAGCCUACCUAAACAGACACUACCCGCUCCAGUUAUUGGAGGCGACAGGUCGGGCUCUAUUUCAAGCUCGGCGUCCAGCUAUUCUUCUUGUACUAGAACUUCUUACUCGGGGUCUCGAUCACCUUCACCAAAGAGGUCACUUCGUAGAAAUAUCUCACCAACACCCGAAAAACACCCCGAGCGUAGUGAUAAUUCUUCGGUGGGUGCUAUAUCUCGGGGACGUGGGAGUCACAAUAAGAUGAAGUCAUCUGUUUCAAAGCGCGGUAAUGCUAGCUUAUCUAGAUCACCGUACCGGGGUCGCCGGAGUGUGAGUCGAUCUAGAUCGCCCUACCGAAGUCGCACAAGUCUUAAUCAAACCAAAAAACCGUCUCGGAAGCGGGAAAGUUUCAGUUCCUCCCGAUCACCACACCGGGGCCGUCAAAGCAUAAGUCGGUCUAGAUCUCCGUACCGGAGACGCUCAAGUCUAAGCCCAUCUAGAACGCCGCCUCUAAGGCAUGAAAAAAGCAGUCCCUCUAGAUCACCACGUCGAGGUCGUCAAGGCAUAAGUCGGUCUAGAUCUCCGUACCGGAGACGCUCAAGUCUAAGCCCAUCUAGAACGCCGCCUCUAAGGCGUGAAAAAAGCAGUCCCUCCAGAUCACCACGUCGAGGUCGUCGAAGCAUAAGCCGGUCAAGGUCACCCUAUCGAAAACGACCAAGUUAUAGCCUCUCAAGAUCGCCGCAUCGUAGACGAGGAAAGAGCAGCCCAUCUCAAUCACCACACCGAGGACGAAGUACAAGACGAUCAAAAUCACCGGCACAGAGACGUCCAAGUUAUAGUAUUUCUAGAUCACCGCCUCGAAGACGCGAGAACAGUAGCUCAUCUCGAUCACCACAUCGAGGACGUCGAAGCGUGAGACGAUCAAGAUCACUAUAUCGUAGUAGCCGAAGCCGAAGCAUGUCUAGGUCAACAUCCCGAAAACGACAAUCCACAAAAAUACAAUCACUUGCUAAAACUACUGGUAGAAAAAAUCGGCAUUCGUUGACGCCGACAAAAAACAGCCGCCCAAACUCUACCUACUCUACGUCACGCUCACCUUCAAGGCGACGGAAACCUCGAACCGAAACAAGACCUAGAUCGCCCAUCAAUAAGAGGCACAGGAAUUAUAGUGACUCGAGAUCACCACCCCCAAAAAGGGGGAGACGUCGCUGA